UGUGGAGUGGCAUGUGACGGCAGCGUUUCUGUGCAAUACGAUAGCCUAUAUACGCCUGGUUUCGAGCUGUCAUGUACAGCGGUUAUUCCUCCGGACGGCACUGUGCCGUCGUCGGUUGCACCAACAACCAACGUAAACGCAAGCUUCUUUUACAAGAACGUUGUGAUAUUCAUCAGCGCCAACGACACGAUUGCAUGUGCGGGGUGUACUCGCUGCACGCGUUUUCUGUUGCCGCCGAGAAACGACGACAGUGGAUAAUCGCUUUGAACAGGAAGGACUUCGUGCCAAGCAAGUUUUCACGAGUAUGUUCUGUACACUUCAUCGACGGAAGACCAACGAACAUAAAUCCAUGCCCCAUGUUGAAGCUGGGAUACCCAAGAAAGGUGACACAUGGGAGGAGGCCGGUCCUUAGGGUGCUUCAGGCCACUGUUAGCAAUGCACCAGGAGAGCCUGCAAACCGUGGGGUCGGCCAUGAACCAUGCACGUCGUCGUCUUCAACCUUUGCAAGUAAUGCUGAAUGUGAGCCCCAUGAUGCUACACCAUUCGAAGAGGCAGGUGACCAUGGUCAACAUGUUGGCCCCCUUGACCUUCGUUGCAUGAAGUCCUUGCUACAAAUAGAAAGCAGCUCUGAUAGGCACGAAAAAUGGAGUCACCAGAGUUGCCAAGUUCAACCUACAGUUCGUGAUAUUGGGACGCAGUGGGAAGACCCCUACAACAGCAUAAGAGAGGAACAUUCGUAUGCUGCUCUGCGUGUGAUGACGACAUCUUCAGAAACACAGACAGUACAGAAGACACCUUCUGAAGAUAUGUCAGAAGCUCUUUGCUGUUUCUACACAGGACUUAGCCUCGAUGGCUUCUGGAAGCUCGUGACGACAGUGAGUCUGGCUGCCCAGACUACCAUCACAAUGAAUGUGGGUGAUCAAGUAUUGUUGACCCUAAUGAGGCUACGGCUCGGGUUGUUGUACUUUGACCUGGCAAUACGGUUUGGCAUCUCACUUGCCCAAGCAGGAAAAAUAUUCAGAGAAAUGCUUGGUAUUCUAAGUGGCAUAAUGAGGAAUGUUGUAGUGUGGCUACCAUUAGACACAAUUCUUGCAACUACGCCGUCACAGUUUACGUCUAGCGGAUAUGGCAACACCAGCUGCAUCAUCGACUGCACAGAGGUUCCAAUGCAACGGCCCAAGAGGAUUUAUUCGAGAGGGCAAACCUACAGCCACUAUAAGAGCUGCAACACCAUGAAGUUUUUGGUGGCCAUCGCACCAAAUGGAUUUAUCAUGUUCGUCUCACAUGCAUAUGGUGGGCGUGCUUCCGACAAGUUCAUUGUUGAAGAUUCCGGGUUUACAAACUACUUAUACCAGGAUCAGGAAGUCAUGGCCGACAGGGGAUUUGCUCUAAAUAACUCAAUGAAAGAAGAGGGAGUCAAGCUGAAUAUUCCAGCUUUUUCAAGAGGCAAGAGCCAGUUUUCUGAGGCAGAAGCGACAGUGUCCAGGAGAAUUUCUAGACUGAGAAUCCAUGUUGAGCGUGCGAUCAAUCGCAUCAAAGUAUACAGGAUCCUGAAAGGUGCACUUCCAAUCACUCACAAGAAAUUAAUGAACAAUAUAGUUGUAGUAUGUGCAGGCCUGUGUAACUUGAAGGGUCCACUAAUCGCUCCCAAGCAUUGCGAGGAUGAGCUUCGCACAGAUUAGUGUAUAUAGUGUACAUAGUGUGCAUACUAUAAUAAUGCACAUUCACUGUAUAUCACCUUAUUGCACACAGUGUAUAGAUUUUAUAUUAGUACAUUGACAAGUCCAUCACGGCCAAACCUACAGUCAAAUGCUGCUAUGAAUGAAGCUCAAUAAGCACGCAACCACUUCAAAGGUGCAGUUAUAAUAGGAAAUAAAGGACAGCAUUGUGUUCCAGUGA